CAUAGCAUCGAAAAGUUCUGUGUUAUCGAUGACACUUGCAGAUGCCGGUAAUUUAUCUGAGAUCGCUAUAGAUUUCAAGGCUUUUGUUGGGUUUUGAUAAAACAGGUUCAUGCAGUUUUGUUAAGUUCUUUUAUUUAAGAUUUGUAAAAAAAUAUGUCCGACGAUGAGGAUCUUCAAUAUGUUAAAAGGCAACGAACAAUACAUUAUGGUUCUCUGGAAGAAGUCGAGAGAAAACGUCAAGCUGGGGCUCCUAUUGCGGGUGGUAGCUCUACGGCAAUUUCAUCUACAUCAAUUUCUGGUGGGGUAACGAAUCAACUUGAGGACAUCGACUCUGACGAAGAUUAUGAGGAAGUAAAGAAACCAUCGGCGUCUCUGUUGCCGCCUACUUCAGGGGCUUUGGCUAACAAGAUCGAUGAUGACUACUUUGACUUGGAAACUGAAGUAGCCAAGGACAAGGAAGCUCUACUCAAAGAAUUUGAACGUAAAAAACGUGCACGCCAAAUAAACGUUUCCACAGACGAUGCUGAGAUAAAAGCCAAUUUGCGGCAGCUUAAUGAACCAAUAUGUUAUUUUGGUGAAGGGCCAGCAGAAAGACGGCGGCGGUUAAAGGAAUUAUUGGCCAGCUUGGGAGAGAACGCAAUAAAGCAAAAACAGACAGAAGAAGAGGAGCGAAAACAACUUCAAAAAGAACAGGAAACAACAUGGUAUCACGAAGGACCAGAAGCUUUGCGUAUAGCAAGAAUUUGGAUUGCUGACUACUCAUUGCCACGUGCAAAAGAACGAUUAGAACAUGCCCGCUCCCAAUUGGAUAUACCAAGCGCGACUCGUGCUGGGCGUAUGGUUGAACUUCAAAAGCGUUUACAUUCUUUAGCACCACAGUGCAGUCAAGUGGGAGAUACGCGCCCAGUUAGUGGAGUAGCUUUUAGCGAAGAUUCGAUGUUACUACUGACGUCGUCAUGGUCAGGGUUGUGUAAAGUGUGGACAGUGCCCGAUUGCAAGCUAUUGUUAACACUUCGCGGCCAUGCUAGCUAUGUAGGAGGCGUUGCAUUUCGAUCAGGUGUAUCACAAGAGGAUGGAAAUGUUGUGGCAAUGGCUUCUGGAGGACAUGAUGGAGCAGUUAAGUUAUGGGGAUUUAAUUCUGAGGAAUCACUCGCAGAUAUAACGGGUCAUAUGCCACACCGAGUUUCUAAAGUUGGAUUUCACCCGUCUGGUCGAUUUCUGGCAACUGCAUGCUACGAUUCCUCAUGGCGACUGUGGGAUUUAGAACAGAAAACAGAAGUUUUGCAUCAAGAAGGCCAUGCUAAAGCGGUUCAUAGCCUAAGCUUCCAAACAGACGGUAGUGUUAUAGUAACCGGCGGAUUGGAUGCGUUCGGGCGUGUGUGGGACCUAAGAACAGGUCGUUGCGUAAUGUUUUUAGAAGGUCAUUUGGGCUCUAUUUUCGGAGUAGAUUUUUCGCCAAAUGGAUUCCACAUAGCCACCGGCUCGCAAGAUAAUACAUGUAAGAUUUGGGACUUGCGACGCCGACAGCCUGUUUACACUAUACCUGCGCAUACAAAUUUAAUAUCGGACGUUAAAUACCAGCGGGAUGGCGGAAGUUUUCUUGUUACAUCUUCCUACGAUUGCACUACAAAAAUAUGGUCAAACAAAACAUGGCAACCAUUAAAAACUUUAUUGGGACAUGAUGGAAAAAUAAUGGCCGUAGACAUUUCCCCGAAUUCUCAGCAUAUUGUGACGGCUUCAUUCGAUCGUACCUUUAAGCUUUGGGCGUCGGAAAGCUGAUGCCAAUGAAUGGCAUUUUUUCGAGUUUAUAUGAAUGCCUUAUGACUCAUUACACUACGUAACAGUGAAAUUUAUCUUUGAACUCAAAAUAUCGAAAGAUGUGGCUGUAAACUCUAACAGGUUGUACAACCCACACAGUUAAAGUUUUAAAUUCACCCUUGGAAAAGUGAAAUAGGAUGACAUCCAAAUUUAGAGACGCAAACCCGUUUUUCGCGAGUUCGACAGUGAAUCGCUUACAUUAAUUCACCCAAAUUCAUAAGAAUUAAAGAAGACUUUAAAUGCUUUAUAAAUCGAACAUUUGUUUGAAAUUUUCACUUUAUAAAACUCUUUAAGUCUGUUUUAUUUUUUAUGAACGAAGUCAUUAAACUGAUUAAAAAAGGGGGAAUUUUUAGUGUAUUUGAAAUUUCCAGUAUCCUUUUUAUACUCGGUUGUUUCUAACAGCCAAAGUGAAUCCAGACAGAUAUAGACAAAUGUAUAUAUAACGCCCACAUCCCAUAUAACGAUAAUUUGGGGAAUUGCGAAAUCGUCGAUAAAUCAGUAAAUACUAAAGCUAAUUUAAGCAAAAUUGAUGUUUGCAAUAAUUCUUUAGCGAAAAAUACGUGGGCCCCGCACACUUAUGACCACAUAUGUGUAUCUCGAUAACCGUUCGAUCAACUUGCAACAAACUCGGAAAGAACAAUCCACAUAAAAACAAAAAGUUGAAAAUCAUUGAAAUCGGUAUAAAUUUACGCUCACUUUAGGUAAAUUUCAAAAAAGCUUGAAACUUCGAAAUUUAAGGAAGCGAAUUUACUCGAAAUUGA